CUCUCUUAGGAACAGUACAUGUUUGAUCUUGUCUAACAGGAGACUCUGGGUAGCUGGAUCUCGGAGCUUCAAGCCAGAUCAGAGAACAUCGAGGACCUGGUAUCCGAGCUAGAGCUGGCCUACAACUCUGUAGAGGACCAGUUCACGGAGAGCGAGGCAGCCAUGCGGGCGCAGAACGAGGAGAUGAUGGCUCUGGUGAUGGAGCAGUACAACACCAUGUCCAUCAGCAUGGAGGAGGAGAAGAAAGCCAAGCUGGAGCAGCUGUACGACAAGAUUGUCUCCUACCAGGAGAGCAUAGACUCGGCCAAAGCCACUCUGGAGACCACGGCCAGGGAGGCGGAGACGGACGCCAGAUCACCAGAAGACAUUCACGCAAGACUCCAAGCUGCUCUGGACUCGGCCUUGAUGCUGGAGCUGGGCCCUAAGGGACUGCUGGUGUUCGAGGAUUACACCAAGACCAACUCCUCAAGCUCAAACCUCGCACAGCGCAAAGGGAUUCCAGUGCCCCAGAGACCCACUCUGCAGCCCCAGGAGCGCGGCUCAGCCUCCGGCAGCAGCGUCGCCGUUUACUGGAAUGUCAGUCCGGGAGACGUCAUAGACUGCUUUCAGGUCUACUGCGUGGAGGAGCCACAAGGAGCUGUGUCAGAGGAAUACCGCGUGACGGUGAAGGAGAGCUACUGUGUUCUGGAGGACUUGGAGCCUGACAGGAAGUACAAGGUGUGGGUGAUGGCCGUCAACUACUCUGGCUGCUCUCUGCCCAGUGACAGACUCAUCUUCACAACAGCUCCAUCCGUGCCAGUGAUCAACACCGAGCGCAGCAGCGUCAUGUGGGACUCCGCCACGCUGAGGUGGAGCUCAACUAAUCCAUCUCCAGGACUGAGUUACACUUUGGAGUACUGCCGACAGUACGAACUGGAGGGAGAGGGACUCAGAUCUAUCGCGGGAAUCGAAGGGUGUGAGCAGACGGUCGUCCUGCAGCCGAAUGAGAACUACCUGUUUUACAUCAAAGCUGUGAGCGAGGCUGGCGCCAGCGAGCAGAGUGAGGCCGCACUCGUUUCCACUAAAGGGACCAGAUUCCAGCUGCUACAGUCCUCCGCUCACCCGUCUCUGAAGCUGUCAGAUGAUCGCACCACGCUGCAGUACUCCCAUGAUGCUCACCGCGCUUCAAACGAGGAGUGUCCGUCCAUCCUGGGCGAGUUGCUGCCUUCACGAGGGAUCUACUACUGGGAGACACUGGUGUCAGAAAGUCCAGCUUACAGGCUUGGAGUAGCGUGCAGUGCAGAUUAUCUGAACUGCUCACUCGGAGAAAACAGCUCCUCGUGGUGCCUGCAGUGCAGUCCUGGACCAUCAGGCUGUAGGUAUCAGUUACUGCACAGCGACGUUCAGUCCUCCGUGUUCGUCACAGAGAGUCCUGAGCGAGUGGGAACCCUCCUGGAUCAGCAGCUGGGAUGCCUGUCUUUCUACAACGCCCGCAGUGGCCAGUUGUUGGGUUCCUUCCCGCAGCGAGGCGGCCGGCCCUGCCGCCCUGCUCUGGCCCUGGAUCAGCCAGGCAGCCUGCAGGUCUGCAUGGUGCCAGAAAUACCCGAGUUUACAAAGGACCGCUUGCUCUGACACUCGCCUCGCUCACUGUAAGGUUUACAAAAAAAAAAAAAAAAAAACCUGGACAUUUAUUGGUUUUAUAUUAUCUCAGUUUGUAAUGAUUCAAAACGACCACUGCUGGAGAAUACUGUUACUAACCUGAUUAUAAAUGUGUGUUUUUUUCCUAAAACGUCUCGAUCAGAACUGACUUCUUAGAAGCAAACUAAAUUAAAUGUGUUAGUGUAUCUUAUAGCAGAAGUUAUAAACCUCCCCUUCGCACCAGACUGCGACUGCGAUGUGACAUAAAAUCAACACGUCGCCUACUGUUUUAAAUAUGCUCCAAAUUUCUGUGGUGAGAUAGUUAUGGGUCAGUGUCAUGGUGACCGACUAUCUGAGUUUGGGUGCUGCAUGGGGCAGCGGUGGUUUAUCCAUGAAGAGUGACCCAGAUGUCUUUCCAAUUGAGUUUGGAAAGGCGAGGUUGUCAGCAGCCAAAUGGUGAUGACUCGGCUGCAAAAAAAAAAAAAAAAAAAAAAACAACAGAAUGACUCCAAACUGCUGAAAUGCACAAUUCACACUCUGAAAA